AUGAUGGGAUUGUUCAGCCAGGCUGGUGCUCAUCUCCGAGGCGCCAGGCCACGCGGCGCCUCGUCUGCAGAAGAUAAGGUCCCAGAGGACACCGAGCCCGACGACACAUCCAUCCUUGACGAGAACGAGGGCUCCAUCAUCACCUCCCUCAUCUCCCAACUCAGAGUCGGCAUGGACCUCUCUAAGGUGACCUUCCCGACCUUCGUGCUCGAGCCACGCAGCAUGCUCGAGCGCAUCACCGACUUUAUGGCCCACCCAGACCUCAUCUUUGGUGCCGAAAACUGCGACGACCCCGAAGAGCGCUUCAUGCGCGUGCUACAAUACUACCUCGCGGGGUGGCAUAUCAAGCCCAAGGGCGUGAAAAAGCCGUACAACCCUGUCCUCGGCGAGUUCUUCCGCUGCCGCUACGACUACCCAAACGGGACGCAGGGCUUCUACAUCGCAGAACAAGUCUCCCACCACCCGCCUGUGUCCGCCUUCUUCUACGUCUCGCCGCUCAACCAGGUGCAGAUCGUCGGCGAGCUGCGGCCCAAGUCCAAGUUCCUCGGGAACAGCGUGUCGACGACGAUGGAGGGCGAGAACCGCGUCGUGCUCAUGGGCCGCCCCGACGACGGCGAGUACGUGAUCACGAUGCCGAACAUGUACGCGCGCGGGAUCCUGUUCGGGAAGAUGGUGCUCGAGCUCGGCGACACGUGCGUCGCGCAGAACGAGCGCAACGGGCUUGCGUGCGAUCUCGAGUUCAAGACGAAGGGGUUCUUUUCUGGGACAUACAACGCGAUUGCGGGGCGCGUUCGCAAAGGCAACACCGACGUCGGUGAGGUUAGUGGCAAGUGGAGUCACGUGAUGGAAUUCAAGAACAGUAGAACAGGCGAGAAGCGGCCGCUGUUCGACGUGGGCAAGGAGGGACAGAAGGUCGCGCCCAAGUGGGUGGCGCCGGACGACGAGCAGGAGAUGUACGAGUCACGGCGGCUGUGGUCCGCGCUGACGCAGGCGAUCCUGCUGAAGGACAUGGAGGCCGCGACGGAGGCCAAGUCGGCGGUCGAGGACGCGCAGCGGGAGAUGCGCCGCAAGCUGGAGGAGUCGGGCGACGUGCACCAGACGCGCUUCUUCGAGCUGCGCGCGGGCAGGUGGGAGCCGAAGCUGACUCUGCCCCAGGAUCCGCAAGAGGCGGUCGUGGCCGUCCAGGAAUGGAUAUAUGGUCGCGUGCCGUCGCCGGCGCCCGCGUGAGCGUCCGCGCGCGAGGAGCUGCUCUGCCCGAUACGUACCGGACCCCUUUCGCCUCGCCACAAACAUGAACACGACCACGACUUCAACAUCGACAUCGACAUCAACCUCGACAACAACCUCGACUGGAAUCUACUCGCCUCGUUUCGCCUCGCCUCGCCUCGAUCCGGCAGACCCGUGCACACGUCUACACACAUCCGAUAGAGCUUGCAUAUCCACCCCCUCACCCAUUCACCCAUUCACUCACCCACCCACACCCACACGCCCUCACCCACCCAUACAUAUCCGCCCGAGUACCCCUACUUGCUCCCGCCCCGUCUGCGCCUGGCUUCUUUUUUUGCAUACUCUUCUCCCGCUUCCUAACAGACUGAAAGAUUAAUCACGGUGGUAAUGAAUGCUGAAUGCUAAACGCUAAAUGCUA